UGGGGAGAAGUCAACAAGGAUCCCAGUAACGUUACUUUUCACUUAGAAAAUGGCAAAAUGGUCUGUCGCAGAAUAAAUUUCAGAGCAACUUGGAACAAAUACCUGGAUUUCUAGUAUUGUAUUUUCACAUAGGAAAGUUGGGGGUCUGAAGAGAGAUGCCUGUCGAAAGUGGAAGCAGUGCAUCUUCCCGCCAGGCUAAGCAGAAGCGCAAGUCCCACAGCCUGUCCAUCCGUCGGACCAACAGCACCGAGCAGGAGCGCACAGGUUUACAGAGGGAGAUGUUGGAGGGACAGGAUUCCAAACUACCAUUGUCUUUGAGGAGCAAUCUUUUGGACCUCUUUGGCCAGAUUGAGAGGGAGUUUGAAAACCUCUACAUUGAAAACAUUGAGUUGCGUAGAGAGAUUGAAACCCUGAACGAUCGUUUGACAGCUGAAGGACAAACCAUCGACGGGGGAGACUUGACUAAGGGGGCACUUAAAGCGAAAGCAAGUCAUAGCACAAGUCAACUUUCUCAAAAACUGAAGACAACUUAUAAGGCAUCUACAAGCAAGAUCGUCUCCAGUUUUAAAGCCACCACGUCCAGAGCCGUGUGCCAGCUGGUCAAGGAGUAUGUAGGCCACAGGGAUGGUAUAUGGGACCUGAGUGUCACCAGGAUACAGCCCAUGGUGCUGGGCACAGCGUCAGCAGAUCACAGUGCUAUGCUAUGGAGCAUCGAGACUGGAAAAUGCCUCCUGAAGUAUCUAGGUCAUGCAGGAUCAGUUAACUCUAUCAAGUUCCAUCCCACGGAACAGAUGGCUCUUACAGCGUCUGGUGACCAGACAGCCCAUAUCUGGAGGUACACGGUGCAGCUGCCCACCCCACAGCCUGUAGCCGACAUCACUCAGACGCCCUGUGACGACGACAUAGACUUCUCAGAUAAGGACGAGGCUGACGGGGACGGUGACGGCCCUAACGAGUGUCCCUCCAUCCGCGUCUCUUCCACUACCCUCAGGAGCCACCAGGGGGUGGUCAUUGCUGCAGACUGGCUGGUGGGGGGCAAGCAGGUGGUCACAGCCUCUUGGGACCGGGCUGCCAACCUGUACGAUGUGGAGACCUCUGAGCUCGUCCACUCACUCACUGGCCACGACCAGGAGCUGACCCACUGCUGCACCCACCCCACCCAACGUCUGGUGGUCACCUCGUCCAGAGACACCACCUUCCGUCUGUGGGACUUCAGAGACCCCUCCAUCCACUCUGUCAAUGUAUUCCAGGGACACACUGACACGGUGACGUCAGCAGUGUUCACUGUGGGGGACAACGUGGUGUCUGGGAGUGACGACCGCACCGUCAAGGUCUGGGACCUCAAGAACAUGAGGUCACCCAUAGCUACCAUCCGCACAGACUCUGCCGUCAAUAGGAUAAGUGUGUCAGUGAACCAAAGAAUCAUUGCUCUUCCUCACGACAAUCGUCAAGUCCGGCUGUUUGACAUGUCAGGAGUGCGGCUGGCUCGACUCCCACGCAGCAACAGACAGGGCCACCGGCGCAUGGUGUGCUGCUCAGCCUGGUGUGAGGAUAACUCUUCCUGUAACCUGUUCAGCUGUGGCUUCGACCGGCAGGCCAUCGGAUGGAACAUCAACAUACCCGCGCUGCUGCAGGAGAAGUGAGCCCAGCCAGGACAGGUCCAGAGUCACCUCUGAGCCACCUGCCUGGCCCAUCUGCUAAUUGAGCCCAUCUUAAGAGCUGAUCCCUGGUCAGUCACAUACCCUGACCCUCAGGCAGGGAGGGGAGAAGAUUGAUCGAGGACCCCCCCCCCCUCCCGACCACUUUCUCUUUGUGUCAAUUCCUAUAUUCUUUUGACACUCCAAAUGUGGGCACAGUCUGGUCUACAUGGUCUGAAUAUACAUACCAUAAUACAUACAUGUGUCACAGUGUGUGUGGUGGAUUUCAAUCUUGCCCAUGUACAGAAAAUGUGAAGGACUACUCUCUGCUUUGUUGUUGGGCUUAUUUUGAUCCGUUUAUUCAUCAAAUGAUUAAUCAAAUUGCUGCUGAAGAUAAAUAGCACAGUGUCGAACAGGAGGUAUGGGGGGGGAGGGGUAAAUGUAGUGUGGCUAAUUUUCAGUUCAGAACAAGUCUGUCCCACGUAGAUGGUGUAGCCUUAGAAUAUGAUGAUGUUGAUGAUCAGCAUUUCAUGGAGUCUUGUGUUCUGAAAUGCCACACAUCUGCUUUCUACCUAUCUAACCUGCUCAGAUGUACAGCAGGCCAAGCUAUAUAGCUGUCAUUUUGGCAGAGCCACACCUUGAAGAAGUCUACAGGUCCAGGACAGUCUACUGCUGAUUAACUGAGCUCUGCUUCGUACAAUACAAUGAGGCUACAGUACAGUGAGUUCUUGUGGCUCUGUCAUGCACCUUUUAAAACCAAUAGCUGUUACAGUUUAUUUUGUUGUGUAACACUUUUUAGCCAAAAUCCCAUUGCAGCUUUUGUACAGGAUGUUAAGAAGCCCACUCCGACACAUUAUGUUGUACCAUUGGAAUAACCUGUGUAAACAAUCCAUGUUUUGGGGGGGGAGGUUGAUCGUCUUCACCAUUUCAAUAGGCACUUCAUUUGUGUGUAAUAUUCAUAACUGAGUCUUAGAAAGUAAGACGUUCUGAAAUUGCUGUUUAGAUAUAGAGUUUACCGUUAGCUGUAGAGUUUACCGUUAGCUGUAGAGUUUACCGUUAGCUGUAGAGUUUACGAGCAAUAUUAAUUGGUCAAGUGUAUCUUCAAAUAUUUUAGCAGUGCCAUUAGUCAAUAUUGAAAACCUGUUACAGGGAUACAUAGACCAGUCCUGUUUGUUACCACAUGGUACUUUCGUAAGUGGAAUCUCAUUAAGAGCAUUCAAAUGCAAUAGCUGUAACAUGCUUGUGUGGUCAGUGAUCAUGGCAUUAAUGUCUGCUUCCAAAACAACAAACUGCAUAGAAAACUAAAAGAAGAGAUUGUUGUGAUGUGUUUGGGGGGGAUAGUAUGAUGUCACAAAGUACCGGUGUCUGUUUUUGUUUUUAGAUGAAGAGAGUUGAUGUUGGCCUCUAAAACAUUUGGAGCGUAAUUGUCUGCAGGAAUCACUUGGCAGGCAGCACAGUUGACUAAAUUCCUGCUCUUCCCCAGACAAAUGCUAAAAAAGGAUCUAUGUAGCUCAGUACAUGAGACAAGCCAGUUUUAUUUCAGUAGUAAAGGCUUCUGUAGAGACUUUUAGAUAUACUUUGUGUUUUGCCAAUGUAUAACAAAAUGAUGCUCAUUAAUAUUGAUACAGUAACAGCCACAUUGAACAUCUUACAUCCCAUAUUGAAUAGUUAUCGUGACAUGUCUAAAGCCAUGAAGACAAGUGUAGAAGAAGCCCACGGUUUUAAGUGAGCAUAACUUUCCUUUCACAAUAAAUCUCACAUCUGGUGCAAAUUAAAUGUAAUAUAUUCCGAUAUAUUCAAAGUGGCCCAUUUGGCUUAAUGGUGUCUUACUGCUGCAUAUUUUAUUAACCUUUUUAAUGUUAUGAGGUGCUAUUUUCAUUUCUACUAGUUCUUCAUCCUGUGCAGUUAAAUCAGUUGGAUCUCUUAGGUUUCAUUGACUGAAGUAUUGUUGCUUUAAUCUAUAGGGGUUUGCAUAAAUCUCAAAUACUGAUUUAGUUGUAAUUCUCACGUAUCAUUUACAUCCGGGAUGUCUUAGAGGGCGACGGCUAGCCUGCUCCCAGAUCUGUUUGUGCUCGAGCCAACUCCAUUGGUCUUUAUCAAGCCAAACAACAUGACAGCGGGUGGAUUCCAUUAUGCUGAGCCGUGGGUACCGGUCCAUGGCCCAUGACGUGAAAGGGAAAAAGCGGUGGGGGAGGAGCACCCUUCUCAAAUCAAACAGUAAUCUGCGCCACUUGGUCAUGUCAGCAUCUCUUUUCUAUAAAAUGUUUGAAUUUUCAGACUAGUUUUCAUUGGAAAGGCUGAUUUUUUUUAAAGCGUUGUUUAUCAAAAGCAGGCACUUUUUGCAUUUGAAAACAGAAUCCAACUCAUCACUCCACGUGCUUAGUUACGUCACUUUUGUUCCGAGCCGACUUCGCCUUGGGCUUUGAACGCGGCAUCUGGCUCCAAAACGAAUGCAAUCAACUUUCACCCGGUGCAAAACACGCCUACCAGGGCCAGAUGAAUCAAAUCCCCUCAAUGAGUGACAAGGAGUUGGCAUGAUGGCACAAACAGACUGGCACUCAAGCAAGCUACUGCAUAUUUUGUUGUGCAGUCCUAUGCAUGACUACCACAUGAUGUAGUACAAGAUGCAUUUAUUCAGUGAUUAUAGUAGGCUGUUAAAUGGGUUGGUAAAAUAAGAGGUGCCUCUUGGACCGAAGCCGUCCAGGAUUGUCAUCAUCACUGAUUGAAGUGAAACAGAUUUGUUUGAAUGGCAAAAAUAUCAAACGUGUGGCCUCACUGGUCUGUGAAUGUGUCAUUUUAAAAUGGUUUUCCAGUAUUUUCUUAUUUGCAGACAGUCUAUCUACAGAACUGGAUUUGAUUGCACCUGAACUCAAGCCACAUCCCAGAUCUGUUUGUGUUCUUGCCAACUCCACUGCUCGUUUGGCAUUUGUUACAAUGAGUUUGCAUGAUGGCACACAGACUGGCACUCCGGCUACCUGAACUCCUUAAUCACACAUUCUGAGCCACCAUGUUUAGCUAAUUGACAAUGUUUAUCAUCAACUUAAUAGUUUUGUUAUUAUUUGAUUAUUUACAUUUCAGUCUCAUGGUUUUCUCCCUCAUAAUGUAAAUCUGGUCCUGUGUUCCUGCUCUUUUGUGUACCAAAGGGCACCCUAUUCCCUUUACAGUGCACUACUUUUGACAUGAGCCCUAUGGGGCCUGGUCAGAAAUAGUGCACUACGAAAGAAGUAAUGUGCCAUUUGGGACGUAUCCUUCAUUACAUCACAAAUUUAGCAACAGAAAUCAACUGUGCAAUAGCUUUAGUAAAAAAAAUUUUUUUUUACUUAGCUAAUGAUAUUGUAAGAGUGCCACUAGUACAUAAAUCUCAACAUGAAACAGUUUUUGCUGACAGCGGUGUUGUGCGAGUGAGAGAGCUAUGUAUAAGGAACAACAGCUUGUGAAAUAAAAUGUUGUGCCGUUUUACUCCCUCA